GGGGCGCGCGCACGGAACCACGGGACGGCCGGGGCUUGGAAGGGCCCUCUGGAGAUCAUCCAGCCCAGCUGGGUCUGGAAUGUCUCCGGAGAGGGAGAAUCCAUGGCCUCCCUUCCCUGGGCAGCCCGUUCCAGUUCCCUGCCGCGCUCAGUGCAACCAAGUUGUUCCUCGUGCUGAGGUGGAACUUUGUGGUUAAUUUAGGGACAUUGCUCCUCGUCCUGUCGCUGGGCGCCACUGGAAAGAGCCCGGCCCCGUCCUCUUGGCACCUGCCUUUGGGAUAUUUGUAUGUACUGACGAGCUCUCCUCAGUAAUCUCCAGGCUAAACAGGCCCAGCCCCUCAAUCUUUCCUCGUGAGAGGUGCUCCAGUCCCACCAUCAGCCCUCCGCUGGACUGUCUUCAGGAGCUCCUUGUCUUUCUUGCCCUGAGGAGCCCAGAACUGGGCACAACACUCCAGAAACAGCUGAGUAAAGAGGCAGGAUCGGCUCCCUCCGCCUCCCGGCACUGCUCUUCCCAGUUCACCUCAGGAAAUGCAUCCAGGAAGCUGGACAGGGAUGUGCGCGCGGCUUGCGCAUGCGCGGGGCCUCAGGGCCGGGGGAGGCGGGGCCGAACUGAGUCGAGUGGAGCCGAACUGAGCCGAGCGGGGCCGAACUGAGCCGAGCGGGGCCGAACUGAGCCGAGCGGGGCCGAACUGAGCCGAGUGAGCGGAGCCGAACCGAACCAGGCUGAGCGGGACCGAACCGAGCCGAGCGGGGCCGAACUGAGCCGAGCGGGGCCGAACCGAGCCGUCCGGGCCGGUGCUGCAGGCUCUGCAUCCCCGCGGAUGCAUAACCCCGUUUUCCACGGAAUGUCAGUGUCUCUUAAGCAGCCAAGACUCCUCAGCUCCGUGGGAUGAGGUUUGUAAAAAGGAUCCUGGUUGAUGGCCUCGAUCUGCAGCUCCGUGAGGUGAUUUCCACUGACCUUGGCACCAGAGGGGAAAGCUCAGGGAAGCAGCCUGUCCUUCUGGCCAAGCUACCCGGGCCCUCAUCACUUCUCUAGCAUCAGCAAAGACACUGGAUUUGUCAGGCCUCAACUUGUCAUUGCCACCUGAGCCCUGGAAGAGCUUAGAGGAGAUCUUCAGGGUCCCUGGUUCUGCCUGGAUCGGUGGUGAGGUGGAGCAGCAGAACGGAGGAGGAGGUGAGCCUGGCAGGGCUGCCUGCAGCUUUGGACAGCACACUCAUGGUCCCCAGGAGUGGCCUCCAGCAUGCAGCUGGCACCUCCUACAGAUACAAACUGCAGUGCCUCUGGACCCAGGUGAGGCAGAUCGCCAGGGAGAGGGACAAGGCGAGGCUGAGUUUGGAGAAGGCAGAGAGACAGUGCCUGCAGCUGGGCAGGGAGCUGGAUGAGCAGUACAUCGCCCUUGAGCACACCCAGAGCAAGCUCAGGAAUUUUCAGGCAGAAAUAGAGGCAAAAGAGCUGCUUUUGCAGCAAGCAGUGAGUCACCAGGCGAAGCUGGAGGCUGAUACACGGCUCCUCCAGGGCAGAGAGGCCAACCUGCAAGGGAGAUUGAACCAUGUGAUGAACGAGAACACACAGCUACAAAACAAGGUCACAGAGAUGGCAGAGAAACUGGCAGCCUCUGAGGAACUGGUGUUGGAGCUGCAAAAAGAACUCAACCACAUUGUGAAGGAUAAGCUGGAGCAGGGGGAGCCUCACAGCCCAGAGUUCCUGAAGCAGAGCGAGCGUUUUGCCGAGAUUGUGCUGGAGUACGAGCGGCAGUGCCAGAGAGUCAAGGUGCUGUAUGACCAGAACGGAGCGCUGAGAAGGGAGCUGCAAAGGCUGCGCCUCCAGCUGCAGGAGAGCAGGGCUGAGGGAGGGCUGCCAGCAGCAGAAAUGUCACUCCCAGUGGAGCAGCUCCAAGAACAGCUGCAGGACCUGAAGGUGCAGCUGGAAACCGAGAGUGAGAAGGACAAGGAGGAGCUCUCUCACCCCAAUGUCAAGAGGCAUCAGCUGGGCUGUGAACCCCCUGAGCACAAGGCUGGUCACAGAGAUGGCCCUGGCACUGCCCAGCUGCAGAGCCAGAGGCCUCUGGAGGCUGAGUGGCUUGGAGGAGCAGAGAUUGCUGCAAGGCUGGAGCACCACCAGAGGCAUGCAGCAUGUUGGAUGGAGAUGGAGCUGCUCCAACAGCAGCUCCAGGCCUCACAGGAAAAGCUUUUGGAAGCCAAAGCAAGCCUGAGCCUGGCCCAGGCCCAGCACGCUCUGCAGUUGCAGCAGGCCAAGGCCCAGAUAAACAACAUGGUGCCGAAGAAGCAGUUUGAGCAGCUGGAAAACAUCUUGAGAGAGGAACAGUGCAAGACUCAGCAGCUCCAGGAGAGCCUCCAGCAGCAGGCUGAGCAAACAUGCAGGCAGCUGGUCAGGACCCAGGAGGAACACGAGCAGCUGCUGCAGGCAGCUGUGGAGCAGGCAGAGGGGCUGGAACAGAGUCUGAGGAAUGCUGAAGCUGUGCUGGCAGAGAGGGCAGCUCAGCUCAGAGAUGCCCAGGCCCAAAUCUCCAGGAACAAACUAUUGAUUGAAGAGCUCCGUGGAGAAAACAGGAGGUUUGCAAUGGCCCUGCAGGCUGCUGAGCUGAAGCAAAAGACCAUGGAGGAGAAGAACCAGCUGUUGGAGGAACAAGCCUCAGCUCUGAAGCAGCUUAUUGGAAAAAUCACACCAGCAUCUCUGAGUGGGUGA